AUGGCCCGAAGGCACAUGUGGGAAGUGUCAGCCCUGUACCUGGGAAAGUACAGGUUAACCAGCUCAAGACGCGAGGAGCACAGGGCUGAAGAGCGUCUUUUUGCUUGUGGUCUACCGCAGUGGCCGCCGGCUCCUGUGGCCCUGGACGAGGAGGACUUCGUCGAGGGCAUCGCGGAGGCCGUGGGCAAGGCGGCUGUCGAGGCCGAGCAGGUGUCGGGCGGUGCCUUCGAGUUCCAGGACUUCUCGCUGCCGGAGAACACUGAGGAGUUGGAGGGCACUGCGCGAGAGUUGUGGAUGGUGGCGGCGACAGACGGCUCCGCGAGAGAUGGCGUCGCAGGCUACAGCGUUGUGUUCCCUGGUGGACGCGGCGGGGGCACGGGGGAUGGGAGCGAGGACCAGAGCUCGUUCCGCGCGGAGCUCAAGGCGCUCCUCGUCCUUUUCCGGGCGGUGCUUUUGGCCAGUGCCAAUGGGUUGUCGGCGAGGGUGCUGUGGGUCGUGGUGGACUGCAAAGCGGCGCUGGACAGCCUGGCGAGUCUGGCCACAAGCUGUUUGCCGCUGCUGGCGAGUGCUGCUGCGAACCACUUGAAGUCCUUGAGGCGACUUGGCUGGAGGUCAAGCCUUUUUGGUGUCCGAGCCACGGCAAGCGACGUGAGUGGCAAGCUCCUUUUCCUCUUCGUGCUGACCUUUGCAGGCUUUUGA